UAUGUUAAGGUUACAAAUUACAAUAUAAUUUUCAAAACAAUGAAGAUCUUCGUUAUUUUUUUGUUUAUCUCCUUGCAUAUCUUGCCAUGUCUUUCUUUUACUUCAUUUGUGUUUGGAGAUUCUCUGGUUGAUGCUGGAAACAAUGACUAUCUUUUCACACUCUCAAAGGCAGAUUCACCUCCUUAUGGCAUUGAUUUCAAGCCCUCUGGUGGAAAACCCACAGGCAGAUUCACCAAUGGUCGAACUAUAUCAGACAUUGUGGGUCAAGCCCUUGGAGCCAAGUCAUUUCCCCCACCUUACUUAGCCCCAAACACUCAAGUUGAUGCAAUUCAUAGAGGAAUAAAUUAUGCUUCCGGAGCCUCAGGCAUACUGGAUGAAACAGGAUCCUUGUUCAUAGGGAGAGUUCCAUUAAGGGAGCAAGUGAACUAUUUUGAGCAAAGUAGAAAUUACAUGGUGAAUGUGAUGAGAGAGAAUGGUACAAAGGAACUUUUAAAGAAGGCAAUCUUCUCUCUAACCACUGGGUCCAAUGACAUAUUGAAUUAUGUUCAACCAUCAAUACCCUUUUUUGAAGGUGACAAGGUUUCUCCCUCUACCUACCAAGAUUAUAUGGUUUUCAACUUAACCACACAGCUUAAGCGAUUACAUGAACUGGGGGCAAGAAAGUUCAUUGUGGUUGGGGUUGGACCAAUAGGAUGCAUUCCAUUUGUUCGAUCACUUAAUUUACUAGCAAGUGGAAAAUGCUCAAUUAAAGUGAACGACUUGAUCCAAGGCUACAAUAAGAAACUGAACAUGGCGUUGGAUCAAUUAAAUCAACAGUUGGGACCAGAAGCUAUUUUUGUAUAUGCUAACUCCUUUGAUAUUGUCAUGAGGAUCAUACUAAACUAUCAUCAAUAUGGAUUUGAGAAUGCAAAUGACCCAUGUUGCGGAGGAAACUUUCCACCAUUUGUUUGCUUUAAGGGCCCCAAUGCAAAAACCUCUGCUCUGUGUGAUGAUCGAUCAAAGUAUGUGUUUUGGGAUGCAUAUCACCCAACAGAAGCUGCUAAUAUCAUCAUUGCCAAAAUGUUGCUAGACGGGGAUGAAAGCGUUAGCUUUCCUAUCAACAUUCGUGAGCUUUACAACUACAAUUCCUAACUAGUGUGUUGAGAGUAUCAUUCAGAAUUCACUAGUCCAGCUACAAGUCGUUUAAGUAGUUUUCUGUGUUAUGUAAUAAGUGGUUCUACCACGUGCAGUGCAUGUGAUGCUGAAGUUAGUUGUCAGUGGAUUAGUUUGUUAUUUCUGUUAGUUAGUUAAUCCUGUAUAUAUAUCAUUAUCCAACUUAAUGAAGAUUCAGUUAAUUAAGCAUUUUCAUCA